AUUCCGUUUUAAUAAUUCCCCAAAACUUGGAACGAACCAUCGUAGAAUGAACGGACGAUUUCUAUCUAAGAUGGAAUCAUGCUCGGAAGCACACUCAAGCACACUCGCAUUUGCGAUGUUACGCUACGGGACUCCACUUGAUCCCGAACGCCCAUCGCUCCACCUUCGUUGAUCUGGUAGUUAGAUAGAUUUCGCCCGUUUUGACCGCCCUAAUUCAUCUACCAAGUAUAUUGCCUAAUAUUUGCAAGUCGCACCGCGUGUCGGUAGGGGGGAAACAAGCAGAAUCGCCCAAUUUCUACCGAAUAUUGCAUACAAUUAUACAUCUGCGCCGGGUUACUAAUACCUUACCGACUCUACUUACCUAGCUUGGGGAAAAAGGGUAUUAUUCCAAGUACCUAGCCGACGAUGGCGUCUCCACCGUGGGCAGGGGCCGCGAGUCACGAACAGUUCUUCGUCCUGCUCACCGGAGCUAAUAGUGGCGUCGGUCUUGGUACCGGUCAGCGAAUAAUCGACGAGUUCCUCGCUUCGCGAUCCUUAUCUUCGCAUCUUAUUCUUAUACCUACAACACGCUCCGUUUCCAAGUCUCGCGAUACCAUCCUCUCCCUACGCGCUCACUUAAAGAAAACGGCAAAGACCUCCCAGCAGCUUCGGUCGCGAGCAGGCCACGACUACGACCCUCAGACCGCUAUCUCUCGAGUCCACAUCCUCAGUAUUCAGGUCGACUUAUGCGACCUUCGUUCAAUAUACGGCGCUGCGAAGCAAUUGGUCCAUGGCACAGUGAGCGAUCCGACUGGCUUAGUUGAAGAUGUAAAGAUACCCCGUCUCGAUGUCUCACUCUUCAAUGCGGGCAUCGGCGGCUGGUCUGGCCUAGACUGGAUCUUAUUUGCAAAGCAAUUCCUCCAAGUUGGGCUCGUACAAUGCUGUACAUUCCCUGUCUUCAAGAAGGCUCUGCCUGCUGCUACGCUCGACCAGAAGAAGCUACUUGGAGACUCGGCCGCCGAUCUGAAGACGCCACCGCCUGAACUGGCUGAGGUCUUCUGCGCCAAUGUCUUUGGACAUUAUAUCCUAGCACACGAACUGCUACCACUGCUGAGCCGCUCGCAACCAAACGAACCACGGGGUCGAGUUAUCUGGACAAGUACAAUAGACGCCGGCCACGAACACCUCAGCUUCGAUGAUUUCCAGGCACGGCAAUACAAGCCCCCAUACGAGAGCAGCAAGCGCAUAACCGACCUCUUCUGCCUAACCGAGGAUCUCCCUACCGUACAAAAGGUAUCCUCCUCAUACUUCUCCUCCCCCGCCACGGCCGAUAAACCCAUAAAACCGCGCUUCUACCUCUCCCACCCCGGUGUGGUUUGCACGCCACUUUUCCCGCUUAGCUGGCUCUUGUACUGGGCCUACUACGCCGCCAUGUACCUAGCGCGCUGGUUCGGCUCCCCUUGGCACCCCGUAGAACCGUGCCUCGGCGCAUGCGCAUCGACCUGGCUCGCGCUCGCAGACCAGGACUCCCUCGACGAGCUGAACGCCGAGCGUGUCAAGUGGGGUACCUGCGCGACACGGUCAGGCCAUGUCAUGCCUAAGAAAGCUGAAGUCGACGGUUGGGGCUGGGAAGGUGUAAUUGAGGACCGCGAGACGCUGAAGCGUGAUCCUACCCCCGGGGUUCUGCAUAAGCUUCGGGGCCGCAGGUGGGAUGCCGAGGACUUGACGGAGGAGAAGAGAGAGGAGUUUGAGGAGGAUGGACGGAAGUGCUGGGCUGAGCUUGAGAGGUUAAGGACUGCUUGGGAGGAAGCUCUUGGGGAAGGGAAGUAGACUGAUAGAGCAAUAUGUCGCUAGCUAUAAGAGUCUUGCGGCAUGUCUUAAUGAAGGGGAUGGCGUUCAUAACUACCCAACCUACCUAUGAGUAUUGUUAUUAUAUACCCCGAGCCCAGGCUAGGAAACUACCUAUAAUAAUUAGCAUCACGUUCAUAUUGCCUACAUGGAGGUACCUAAUAUAUAUAAUAUUAUUUACGGACGUACUUAAACAGAUAGGUAGGUAUACAAUCUACAAUCUACA